GGAAGACUUCCUAGUAAAAGUCUCGUACCGUACUCGCAGCGCCACAAACAAAGACGGGGGAGGAACUCUUUGCUGAAGGCGUGCUGAUGAACCCACCAGCGCGCUAUGGCGGUCCUUCCUUUCAGAGAGGCUGAAAUGGUGGAACCUACUCCUUUCCCUCCACCAGGACUGCCCCCACCGUCCUCCUCAACUUGGAAGGAGAAGGUCUCUGACGCUGCCGUCCUAUGCAAGGCCGUGUACCAGAUAAAGGCUAAGAACAGGGAUGCCGUGCUCAACCGUCUGUAUGAGCAACCUGUAGGCAAGUUUGAGUUCUUGCCUCUGCCAAGAGAGUAUCAGAGUUCGGUUCAGAGGCUGGUUUUGGCGAGAAGUACCCAUGGGCACAUUGUUGUGUCGCUUAGGGGUACGAAGACCCUGAGAGACAUUGUGACUGAUUUUAGCAUCAGGCAGCAGGCUUUAGAGUGUCUAGGUCGAGCCUGCGGAAAGGGAAUGGAAGCGAAUGGCGCAAUGGCACACCGAGGGUUUUGGGCGAGGGCACAGGGCAUCCCUCUGGAGCACCUGCAACGGUUGCUGGACCUCGGUUACGACCUUGUCUUCACCGGCCACUCCAUGGGGGGUGCAGUUGCGUCUCUGCUCAUGCUGCGGCUGCUGGAGAGCCACGGGCCAGACAGCAAGUACAGGCAGCAGCUGCAGUGCUUCACCUUUGGGAUGCCGAUGUUUGCAAACCCGCAGCUCGCUGAGUACCUGAACACAGCAUACCGAGGGCACUUCUAUCACUUUGUGUCCAGGAAUGACCCGGUGCCAAGGCUCAUGCCCGUCAUCAACGCCGUUUCCAAGGCCCUCAACAAGAUGGACGCCGUGGCCGACGCCGGCUUCCUCAUGGACAUCGCCCUGGGCGCCAUCCAGCACUUCACGCGCCUCCCGCUGAGCGUCACUGUGCGCCUCGCCGCGUCCCCCGUGCCCAAAUCCGUCCGCCGCCGCCUGGUCGCCUUCCUAACCAGCAUGGUCAGUGCGGUGGUCUACAACCCAACCCCGCACGCGUCUAGUUACACCUCGGCGGGGCAUGUCGUCAUGCUCGAUAUGCAGGAGGGAUCCCUCGAGCCGAUCCGGGACCGCGAACUCGUCGCACAGUUUGGCUCGCAGCACCUGAGCAUGCUUUUCGGGCGCAAGGUGGACCAGAUGGAGGAGCACAUGAUGCACACGUACAUUGCGGGCCUGUUUGCGUGCAAGCAGAUGCGCGAGGGGGGAGUGCUCGAGGAGCUCGUACGGUGCGUGCUGCGCAACUCGAGCGACGGGAUGUCGGGUGGCGAGCGGGAGCAGGUGUCGGAUAUGGCCAGCCUGGAGCAGUCGGUGGAGAAGGAACUAGAGCGGGUCGCAGAGGAGGGCGAGGACGAGACGCCGCUCUCGAUGGGGCCCCUCGCAGAGAAGCUGGCGAACGAGAUCCGGUCUCUCAGCCGGCGCGGCUCCCGGGUGGAUCUCUUCUCGGCUGCGGAGGACGAGGGGCUCUUCGCCGGGGGUGCGGACGGCGAGAGCUUCCUGAACCUGCGGCGGUUGUUUGACGAAGACGAAGACUCGGACGGGGACGAGCUCACACUCGAGAAGGGCAGCGAAGCGUCGGCGCUAGGGGCGCUGGCGGUUAGCUCCCCUCGGCAGAAGCAGCUGUUGCGGCUCGAUCUGCCCCCCCGGAGCCCGAGACGGAAGCAGCGAAGAGCGGAGGGCUUGGAGAACAAGCCGAUCCGUCGGUACCUGCUGAAACGACGGUGGCAGAUGCUGCGGGUGUUGCGUCACGUGCAGGGCAUCCGGCAGCUGACGCGGUUGCAGCAGGUGGGCUACGUGAUCGCAGUGAUUGGUUUGAUGAAGGCGUCGCCGUUCAUGUAGACAGCCGUCCAAGUAGGAAACAGAUGAAGACGAGUUGGCUGGCUGAAAGCAGGCGGGCUAGACAUUAGUCAGGAGGUAGCCAAACCUAGGUUUAGGAAGGUGAAGUUAGCUCACUCCCAGUGAGAUGAUAAGCCCGGAGUAGUGUUUGUUAAAAGAGCUCUGCUAGGAUCAGCUUGUAUCAAUGAUGCAGGAUAGACUAGCACAAACACUCGAUACCAUGUACAAUCGAUGCCGAGUAAGUAGGCAGUGGUAGAUGGCAGGAUACCAGAUUGAAGAAAGCAGGUUAGCUUUUUAGAAGUAAAGACUUGUGCCUUUAUAUGUAGUGUUAGCUUCUAAACCAAGACCGACUAGAUCAAGAUUAGUUUACAUACACUUAGUGCCAAUGACCAGACUGCACAUAUCAGGCUGCAACUAGAGCAGAAGCAAAGUCAAUGUUUUCGAGCCUGCUGUUUUGCUGGUUCGCUGCUGGGACACUUUGCAGCCUGGUUACAUGUCUACAUGUUACAAUCACA